AUGCUCUCCGUCGAGCAGCCGGUUGCGGUGGGGGCGCACAAGGACGUCGAGAUGUCGGACGCGCCCGCCGCCGCCGCCGCCGCGCCCGCCAAGGCGGCGCCCGACGUCUACGCGCGCAUGAAGGCGCUGCAGCGGCAGCUCGAGUUUCUCGACAUCCAGGAGGAGUACAUCAAGGACGAGAUGGGGAACCUGAAGCGAGAGCUGGUGCGCGCCAAGGAGGAGAUCAAGCGGAUCCAGUCCGUCCCGCUCGUCAUUGGCCAGUUCCUCGAGAUCAUCGACCACAACCAUGGCAUCGUCUCGUCGACGACCGGCUCCAACUACUACGUGCGGAUCCUCUCCACCAUCAACCGCGAGCUGCUCAAGCCCUCGUCCUCGGUGGCGCUCCACCGCCACUCGAACGCCGUCGUCGACGUCCUCCCCCCGGAGGCGGACUCCUCCAUCUCGAUGGUCGCGGACCACGAGCGUCCGGACGUCUCGUACUCGGACAUCGGCGGCUGCGACAUUCAGAAGCAGGAGAGUCGCGGCCGCGGAGAGAUCCGUGAGGCGGUCGAGCUGCCGCUGACGCACCACGACCUGUACGCCUCCAUCGGCAUCGACCCGCCCCGCGGCUCGGCGAGAGAAAAAACUGCCAGCGAGAUUGGGUUAGGCCCCCCCUCCCUUCUAAACCCCGCCUCCCCCUUUACCCCCCCCCCCCCCCUCUACCCCCCCUCCACCCCCGGGCAGGUGCAGCGCAUCCUGAUGGAGCUCCUCACGCAGAUGGACGGAUUCGACCAGUCCGUCAACGUCAAGGCCAGCCUGGCCGCUUGGACCGAAAGAUCGAGUUCCCGAUGCCCGGACGGCGCGAGAAGCGUCUCAUCUUCCAGGCGAGCCGUCGCCACGGCAAAGAUGAAUCUGUCGGACGAUGUCGACCUCGAGGACUAUGUGUCGCGGCCCGAAAAGAUCUCGGGCGCCGAGAUCGCGUGCAUCGUGCAGGAGGCGGGCAUGCAGGCGGUGCGCGCCAACCGGUACGUGGUGAUGCCAAAGGACUUCGAGAAGGGGUACAAGGCGUCGACGCAGAAGAACGACCAGGAGUUCGAGUUCUACAGGUGA